AUGAAGAAGAAUGAAGCACUUCAGAAGCCGAGGGGGAAGCCCUUAGAUCUUAGUGGCCACUAUAAGCCGUCAUCAAAUACUAAUAAGGCUCCUCGGAAAUUUAGUGUUAAGCAUAGCCCCUUGAAUAACGCAUUCGAGGAGGCCCUUGUGGCUGAUGUCAUCCUUGCCACUUCUAAGGGGGCUUAUAUGCUUACGGGAUUUUGCGCCGAGCAGAUCUCAAAGCCAGGAGUUCGUGGCAUGAGGGGAUUCCGAAAGAAGCGCCGGGAGGGAAGUCAGAAGAAGGGACGCGCUCUUCUCUUAAAAAGGGAAGCUACUAUACCUAUAUCGGGAGGGGACGGCCGUCUAAGCAUGUCUCUUGAGGGAGGUGGCAAACGGUUUGCCAUAGGAAACUACGAGGCUGGUCGAUGGCCCUUCUUCGCCAGAUACCCACGGGAGGCACCAUCAACUAAACUCGACCUCUUGAUUGGCAGCAAUGUUGUCUUCUCGUACGACCUCAAGUCUGUUCAGGUGGCCAGUGUACUAUCUGUUUGA